AUGGCCGAUGCGACGGAUAACUCGGGUACAUCAAAUGCACCGGCUACAAAUGCAAAAAAAUUUGCAUCGUCUUGUGUGCUUUGUUCGUCACACAUUGCACUAAGCGAUAUUUUGGCCCUUCCUUGUGGACACCUGUAUCACCUCAACUGCGUCAUGUACUUCUUCAUAUACGGUUGGUCUUCUUGCCCUGAGUGUAACCAUCCAUUGGAAUUGGCGGAUAUUAUGUCGCAAGCUCAUUUCGAUGGCAGUUUGGAUACUAAACCGGAAGCCGAGAAAAUGUUUGAGAGUUACCGUGAUGUUCUACGAAAACUGAGUGAUGCUUAUAUGGAGAUUAUGACGCUGAAAAAAAAAGAACUGGAUGCGACGGUUGAGCAGCUCCAGCUGAAAACUCGACUGUUUAAACUGCAAAAGAAACACCUAGAAUUAUUGCGUGAAAACAAAGCUUUGAAGAACAUCGUUGCGAUGAACCACUGA